AUGGCUAAACUUGAGUCUGAUCACACUCCCCCACCCACAAUGAGCCCUACCAUAAGCAAACCAUGUUACCCUCCACAAAAUUCAGGUGGCUUCAACUUAAUGGUUAUUUUGGCGGCCGUUCUAUGCGCCUUCCUUUGCGCGCUAGGCCUCCUCAACACCAUGCUACAAUGCGCGAGUCGCGUCCUCACGGAGCCUUUACAAUGGAUUGCUACCAGAGGGAUCAACUCAGGGCUCAAGAAGAAAGAAAUGGUAUCUUUGCCAACCUCAAUUUAUAAUAGUAACAGCCAUAAUAAUAAUAAUAACAAUAGUAAUAGUAGUAGUACUAGUAGUAAUUCAGGGUCAUCACCAUCUUCAGGUUCUCCUAGUUGUGCAAUUUGCCUAGCUGAUUUCUCUGAUGGAGACAAGAUAAGAUUUCUUCCAAAGUGUAAUCAUCGUUUUCAUGUGGCUUGCAUUGAUAAGUGGCUUCUUUCCCAUUCCUCUUGCCCAACAUGUAGGAACUUCCUCAAGUCCAAUGAUUCAUCACACCCUUUUCAUAUUCUCAUAGCUUAA